GAUGUAAUAUGGCGGAGAACACCGCCUCAGCGGCUCCGAGCCCGCGAGGGCUUGCGGAUGGGGAGGAUGCAGGUUCCCUGGAGGAGCGGAUGGCGGAAACGGCGAGAGAUGGUCAGGAGCAGUUUGAGUGCCAGGAACUGCUCGAGUGCCAGAUGCAGUUGGGGGCCCCUGAGGAGGAGGAGGACGCGGGCCUGGUGGCUGAGGCCGAGGCGGUAGCUGCCGGCUGGAUGCUCGAUUUCCUCUGCCUGUCUCUUUGCCGGGCCUUCCGUGACGGCCGCUCGGACGACUUCCACCGCACCCGCGACAGCGCCGAGGCUAUUAUUCAUGGAUUGUCCAGUCUAACAGCUUACCAACUGAGAACUAUAUACAUAUGUCAAUUUUUGACAAGAAUUGCAGCUGGAAAAACCCUUGAUGCACAGUUUGAAAGUGAUGAACAGAUUACACCCUUGGAAUCAGCCCUGAUGAUUUGGGCGUCAAUUGAAAAGGAACAUGACAAGCUUCAUGAAGAAAUACAGAAUUUAAUUAAAAUUCAGGCUAUAGCUGUUUGCAUGGAAAAUGGAAAUUUUAAGGAAGCAGAAGAAGUCUUUGAAAGAAUAUUUGGUGACCCAAAUUCUUAUACGCCUUUAAAAAGGAAAUUGCUUAUGAUAAUCUCUCAGAAAGAUACAUUCCAUUCCAUUUUUCAACACUUCAGCUACAACCACAUGAUGGAGAAAAUUAAGAGUUACGUGAAUUAUGUGCUAAAUGAAAAAUCGUCAACCUUUCUAAUGAAGGCAGCAGCAAAAGUAGUGGAAAGUAAAAGAGCAAGAACAGCAGCUUCUCAAGAUAAACCUAAUAGUAAUGAUAUUGAAUUGGAAACGGAAGCUAAUUUGGAUAUAGGAGAAAGUGUUAGUGACAAACAGUCUGCGGUAACUGAAUCCUCAGGGGAUACAGUAUCCUUAUUGAGGUCUCACAAAAAUCUCUUCUUAUCUAAGUUGAAACAUGGAAGCCGACAACAAGAUGUUGAUAAGAAAGAGGAAAGAGCGGAAACUCUUCAAAGUGGAAGAAAGAAAAAAGAGAAGAGUAGGCAAGCCACUGAAAGCGAGAGAAUACGUGUUUUAAAUAGUCAGCGUCUAACUCCUGAAAAACAUCAACCUAGAAAAAAACAGGCAUGGCUUUGGGAAGAAGACAAGAAUCUGAGAUCUGGCGUGAAGAAAUACGGAGAGGGAAAUUGGUCUAAAAUACUAUCACAUUAUAAAUUCAACAACCGAACAAGCGUCAUGUUGAAAGACAGAUGGAGGACUAUGAAGAAGCUGAAGCUGAUAUACUCGGACGAUGAAGACUGAGUGUGUUUGUGGAGCCCGAUAAGACGGCAGUUAAACAUUUUGAUUCCUGCAUUUUGCGUGAAACUUCGUGGUCAUUAAUGUAGCUUAAAAUUUUGUUUAAAGCAUUACAGUAUUUUUCUGCGGCACAGUCAUUUAAUAUGAGGAUUUGUGCUGUAAGAGCAAGAUUAUAUACCAUCAUUGUAUUCUUUAAGAAUCUUUUCACUCUGAUAAAAAAAUUAAUUUUUUGAACCCUAGUGCUUUCAAAACUCCUACCUCCAAACCCUGUUCCAAUAAAAAGGUGAAAGCCUGGUAAGAGAAAAAAUAUAUUGCUGUUAACCUAUUCUGUGUCUGUGGGCUGAUUUCAACCCCAUGACACACAUAAAAGUGAAGUUUCUAAAUCAGUGAAUAGGCCUUUGACAUAAGGGGUAAUGAUUUGAUUUAUGGCCUUAAAAUAUUAAUUACUAAGAUAUUUGCUUAUAGAAUGAUAAAUAUACAAAGUAAUCUGUGAGUUAUACUUAAAUUUUUCUUUUGGUACUUUCAUAUAAAGGAAAAAACUUGAAAAUAGUAAUACCCAUAGGACAGAGUUUAUACUACUACUAAGAAUAGCUUAUGUCUCAUUUAGGUACAUUGGAUUUUUGUUCUAGUGUUAAAACUUUGACAAAGAUGGUUUUAAAUAAAGCUUCUUUAUAACCUGGUGCCAUAAAUAUCCAUUUCUCUGAUAUUUUCAUUUAGUUAGAUAAAUAUUGGGCCUAAAUGGUAUUCUGUAAAUGCUUAAAUGGAUUUUAACCAUGAUCAUUUUUUUUUGAAUUUUUAAAUUUUAUUUUAUUUAUUUUUUUAUACAGCAGGUUCUCAUUAGUUAUCCAUUUUAUAUGUAUUAGUGUAUGCAUGUCAGUCCCAGUCUCCCAGUUCAUCCCACCACCACCACACCUGCCACUUUAACCAUGAUCAUUUUGACGACUGUGAUAAAUACUAAAUAAACAAGAUCAUGCAUACCUUAUUAGACAGUUUUGAGUUUUCACCAACAUAUUCUUUAGAGGAUUUAGUCGAAAACUAGAAUUAUUUAGCAUUUUGAGUUAUGUAUGCUUUAUUUAACAAAUGCAUGAAAAUGCUUAAGCAUUUGCUUAAAAAGUUAAAUGAUUAUUUUGUAACCUGUAUUUCUUUAUGAAAGUUUUAUACAUUACUUUCUCAUUGUUCCUGAAGUUGUUGUCCUAUACGUAUAAUAAAUAGAAAUGUGGAUAAUG